AGUGUUAUCCUAGUAGUCUGUCCACCUCUGUGCAGUGCAACACAAUACCAUGCUUUUAAUUUGGGGGAACUUUCCAAAAUGAGUAUUUGUCAGCAGGUGUUUCCCUGUCACCUCUGUAAUCCCUCUGCACUGUACAGAAACCACACCAGAGAAUACAUUUACGAGGAAAUUAGAAAAUGACACUCACCAAAUUGCCUCUCUCUCAGCACCUUCUCUACUUGCUCAAAACAAACCUGUGUGGUGGGAAUCUUUGCAGAAAUGUGGUAGAGCUGUACUGUUUGUAAGAGAGGCAAUUCUCCCUGCUGUGGUCAAACACAAAGAGGAAUUAAUGCAGAAAGAGUCAAGUGAGGGGAAGUGAGGAGUGUUUGUGUUCAUUUGCAGAAUAUGAAAUAUGGAGGAGCAAGUUGGAAAACUUGAAGGAGGAAAGGGGGAAGGAGAGAAACUUUGGUGCCUGACCAAUCAGAAAGCAGUUACACACCCCCCCAGGCACUGUGUCCCUCCCCCUUCUUCUCCCCCGACCCCACCUCCUUUCUCUGUGCUGAGAGAGCAUGUGGAUAGUUGGCUGAGUCUGUGGUGGAGUGCGAGAGGCCCAGAGAGCCGGCAAGAGGGGAAGCUCAGAUCAGUUCAAAGCAGUCAAGAUAAAGCAGGAAGGCAAGCAAGUGAUCCUGGAAGAGAGGGGGUGAAAUCAGUUUGGGUUGUAGAGCAGAAAAGAGGGGAGAAAGACAGGAUUCUGUGCUUCCAGAGGACUUGGUUGGGACAGGACACGCAGUCCUGCCUGGGGGCAACAAGAGACCAACUCACAGAAAGAGAGGGAACACCUGGAGCAGGCAGAGUUACACUCACAGGAAGCCUCAGAUUCGACACUCACUUUGUCUCAGCGUGGCUGCAGAAGGCUGUAGUUUGUGUUUGCUGUGAUUUGAAAGGAGCAUGUUUGACUGCAUGGAGGCUCUGGGGCUGGCCCCUCGGCCCCUCUUUGAUGUGUCCGGACAAGGGUCCUGCAUGCUCAGCAAGGCCAGCUCGUACUUUUCAGGCCUGGACCCCUACGCCUGGGCCGGGACCGGCAGCAUUCAGUCGGUGGAGACCCAGAGCACCAGCUCAGAGGAGAUGGUGCCCAGCUCUCCUUCCCCUCCUCCCCCUCCUCGCGUCUACAAACCGUGCUUCGUGUGCCAGGACAAGUCAUCUGGUUAUCACUACGGAGUGAGCUCCUGCGAGGGCUGCAAGGGUUUCUUUAGGCGCAGUAUCCAGAAGAACAUGGUGUACACCUGCCACCGAGACAAGAACUGCCAGAUCAACAAAGUGACGCGCAACCGCUGCCAGUACUGUCGACUGCAGAAGUGCUUUGAGGUUGGCAUGUCCAAAGAAGCGGUGCGUAACGACAGGAACAAAAAGAAGAAGGACGUGAAGGAGGAGGUGGUGCUGCCAGAGAACUACGAGCUGAGCGGGGAACUGGAAGAGCUGGUUAAAAAAGUCAGCAAAGCUCACCAGGAAACCUUCCCAUCUCUGGGCCAACUGGGAAAAUACACUACAAAUUCGAGUGCCGACCACAGAGUGCAGCUGGACUUGGGCCUGUGGGAUAAGUUCAGUGAGCUGUCCACUAAGUGCAUUAUAAAGAUUGUGGAGUUUGCCAAGCGGCUACCAGGCUUCACCACGCUCACCAUCGCUGACCAGAUCACCCUCCUCAAAUCUGCAUGCCUGGAUAUCCUGAUGCUGAGGAUAUGCACUCGCUACACCCCAGAACAGGACACAAUGACCUUCUCUGAUGGCCUCACCCUCAACAGGACCCAGAUGCAUAACGCCGGCUUCGGCCCGCUCACAGAGCUGGUGUUUGCCUUUGCCGGUCAGCUGCUGCCCUUGGAGAUGGACGACACAGAAACAGGCCUGCUCAGCGCCAUCUGCCUCAUCUGCGGAGACCGCAUGGAUCUGGAGGAGCCCCAGAAGGUCGACAAGCUGCAGGAGCCACUGCUGGAGGCUCUGAAGAUCUACACCCGCCGCAGACGCCCCAACAAGCCUCACAUGUUUCCCCGCAUGCUGAUGAAAGUCACAGACCUCCGAGGAAUCAGCACCAAAGGUACAGAGCGAGUCGUCACCCUGAAGACGGAGAUCUCGGGCCCCAUGCCUCCUCUGAUCAGAGAGAUGUUGGAGAACCCCGAGGCCUUCGAGGACAGCAGCGACUCGGGGGACAGCGCUGCAGCCGCCCCCCCCGCCAUUCAAGCCAUCAAACAGGAAGAGAAAACCACGGAUGAGUCUGCAGUCGAGGAAGAAGAGGAGGACGAAGAGGACGACUACUGGGACGAGGAGAAAGACAGAGGGGCGGACAGUGACAGGGAGCCGUCGGGGGGGGAGGCGGCGGCGGGGGGGCCAAAGAAAGGCGUGAGUGGGAAAACGCAGUGAGACAGACGCCAUGAUGCUGCUUCCUCCCUCAGAUCACUGAGCCCUCACCCAGCGAUAUCUCUCCUGAGAAACCUCACAGAUGUAGGCUCUUAUACAACAACAUGUUUCACACAGCACAUAUUUACAUAGACUGAAUACUGGACAUGUGGCUGAAAGGAAAGUGUGUUGAAUUCAGUCGAGGAGGCAAUGAGUGGGAGAAGCAAAAGCACUAUAUUUCAGUGGGCUGGGGAGAGCAUCGGGAAAACGUCACUGUGCCAAAAUGAGACUGUACAAAAGAUAUUUCAAAAGUGUUUUGUCCACCCAAAGAGGAAUAGAGGUGGGGGACAGAAGAAAAUGCACUCCUCCGCUAUCUAUAAGGGCUAUGCUUUGCAUAAAAUUGAUGGUAAACAUACAUUGCAACAACUGAACACUACGUGGUGUCCAUUUGCCGCAAAUGUCUUCUCAGAAUUCCUAUUAUCGCUAUUCAGAGAUAUGCGACUUAUUUUUUAAUAGUGGUUUUUCGAUGCAUGUACACGUUUCUGUUGUCUUUUUUCCUGUCUAUGGGACUUCUUGUUGCUUUUUUGUAUAUUUUUCACUUUCAGUCCUGCUCAAAUUUGACUUGACAUGUAGUUUCUUUAGCUUGUCUUGUUAUUUGUAUGCAUUUCUGCUACAUCGGACACAGUGAAAAGCAAUAGUAAAGAUAGUAAAGAAGGGAGCAAAAGCAAAGAGAGAGCCGGUCGUGAGUAGGACUCAAACUCACAUGUAGUUCGUGAAACAUCGGAAAGACAAUAAGAGGAAGACUGUAAUUCAGCUCUGGUUCUUGUGAUGCAAAUAGGACUCGAAGAAAUAAUGCAAAACAAACGCAGCAAACUAUAUCCAGCUUCUGACAAAAACACACACAAUUUCAGAAAAUACUAAAGAAUCUGCAGGGUAGAUUUAAUGUCAUCAGCACAACAUCUCAGGUUGAUUCUUUUAGUGCCAAGUCUCACCUGAAUUUUUGAGAAACUGCUGCUUGUGAACGCACCCCUGUUCAAUGAAAAAGUCUUCUUACAAUAAAGAGUAGAGAUGAUUAAAAUAGAAGUGGUUGAUCAUGCCCUUGGUACAGUGCAUCAGGUACACAUAAGCCAUAUUGUUUUCAUUUUGUAAGAGUGAGAAUACAAUCUUCCAAAUGGGCACAACACUUACAAUCAGUUUACUUCACAGAAAACCUCAGGUGUGUAUGUGUGUGUGUGUGUGUGUGCAUUAGUGUGUCUACCAACCCACAGAGUGAUGUUGUAGAUGUUACUCUCAUUAGUGCCAUAAUCCACAGCCAGCAGUUAAGCAGAAGUUGUAAGUAUCUUAAAAAUGCAUAUAAAAUACGUUUUGUAGCGAACUUUCAAAUGUCCUCACCCAAAGACUUCUGUUGGACAUUGAUACCGAUGUAAGCUGAUAUUUGAUCACAUGAUUGAUUAACACGCGGUUGCAUCCAUCCAACACAAUUAAGAAAACGAAAGCUUUACAUUGGGUUCCCUGUCUGCUGAAGCACGGGCAGCCGUUUCAAAUGUGUGUUGUAUCUCAUGAGUGAUACAUGGAUUUUGUAAAAGAAAUAAUUUGUUUUUCCGUCUAGCUUUUUUUACUCAAGAUGUAUAAAUGUACAUUAUCUCUGUAAUGAAAGACAACGCAGUCUUACUGAAUUCCUUCAUAUUUCUAAGGGACACAUGUCUCCAUCAGUAUGGUGUCAGGUGUAAAGCUGCAACGUAUUUUUGAUUUGUUGAUAUGAGGGAUAAAAGAAGAAGCUAGUGUAAGAUAUCUAAACAAAUGAGGAUGAAUGAAGCGGAGAAAGAGAAGAUGUAGAGAACAGAUCGGCUUAGUGGCAACACUCCAGCAGUGACCAUGAUAUAGAUAGAUAUUUGGCACCAGACGUGAUAUCAUCUAAUACACAGAGGUUUUAAAUGACCAGCACUGACGCCACAAUGACGUUUACAGACUGUGUGUUUACUGAUUUGUGAUAAUAUAGAACGGAAACAUCACAAUCAUACAACUGAGGUGAAAGAUAAGAAUUAUCUUCAGUGUUUUUCUUAACUCUGUUUCUCUCCGUCUUUCUAACUCACACUCAAUCCUUUGCACAUCUUCAGCCAAGAUCAGAGGUUUUAAAAUAUCACAUUACAGCCGUAUUUCAUGAUAAUGUUUUCUGUUUUUGUUAUAUUGGAUUUGAGCGGGUGCAAUAGAUAAGCCAUGGAUGAGGUCACAAAGGCCUCAGCUCUAUAUGUAAGCAUGUGAAUAGGAAAAAUAAAAAAGACCAAAGAUAUUUCAUUACGUUUGGACAAAAACAACUUCAUACAAAUUCCAGUAAGGUCAAUGAUGGGAAAUGUAUUCAUGUUGUAUUAUUUGAUAGAAAACAAUGUCAUAAUCUCUAAUGAGUUUUGAAGCUGGAACCAUUUUAUCUGUUACAUUUGUUGUUUUUUAACUGUUGUAUUUUUUAUAAACUAUAUAUAUUUGUAGUGUGAAAAUAACAGCCUUAUUCUUAUGUUCAGGGAUUCAGACACCUCAUCUGUUUUAUUUCAAUUUACUCAAAAAUAGCUCUGAUAUCCACCCACACACACACACACACACACAGAAAAACAAAGACUGUGCUGAUUUGUUCUUGUUUUUACAUUUUGAUUUGUUGCUUGUUUGCUUAUUUGUUAUUUGUUGUCUUUCUUGUAUUUUGAUAAAGGCGCUUUUUCUUUCAGAC